AAUACUUGGGGUUUAAGUUUGAAUGAUUCGGUAUGGGAGAUCAUAGCAAGGCAGCGAAAGCAUGCCUAUCUUUUUAUUGAUUCUUCAUUUUGAAAUUGCUGAAGCUAUUAGUCUCAACGCCUCGGGUCAUUAAUUUGGAGAGCUCCCUUCAGCAAGUGAGAUGCGCAGGCGGCGUGGUUGCCCACACGUCUUUCAAACUGGGGUAGGCACGGCUGGCUCACCCACAUCCGUUUAUAAUCACUAGGAUGAAUUACUGGGCAAACACUUCUAACUGCUCGUUUAACAGUACCUUGGACGAGAACGGGACGCACUGGAGAGCAGAAUACCCCGUCACCCUUUUCCCAAUACCCAUCCUGACCGGAAUAACCAUCACCUGCGCCUUGCUGUUUCUUAUAGGGGUUACCGGGAAUGUGAUGACAAUUCUGGUCGUCACCAUGUAUAAGGACAUGAGAACAACGACUAACCUUUAUUUGUCCAGCAUGGCCCUGUCGGACCUCCUGAUCUUCAUCUGCAUGCCGCUGGAUCUUUACCGGAUCUGGCGGUACCGACCAUGGAAUUUCGGAGACUUACUUUGUAAACUGUUCCAGUUCAUAAGCGAGAGUUGUACGUAUUCCACCAUCCUCAGCAUCACAGCUCUGAGCGUGGAGCGCUACUUCGCCAUAUGUUUUCCUCUCAGGGCUAAAGUACUGGUCACAAAAGGUCGGGUCCGGGGGAUCAUCCUGCUUCUCUGGAUUGUCGCCUUUUGCAGCGCAGGACCCAUAUUCGUCCUAGUCGGCGUGGAGCACGAGAACGGGACCAAUUCCUGGGAGACGAAUGAGUGCAAGGCGACGGAAUACGCCGUCGGAUCGGGACUCCUGACCACCAUGGUGUGGGUCUCCAGUAUUUUUUUCUUCUUGCCCGUGUUUUGCCUGACUGUUCUCUACAGCCUUAUUGGGAGGAAGCUAUGGAGGAGAAGAAGGAAAGAAAAGAUAGGACCGAACAUUUCUAGUCGAGACAAGAACAAUAAACAAACCGUUAAAAUGCUGGCCGUGGUGGUGUUCGCCUUUGUGCUCUGCUGGCUGCCCUUUCACGUCGGCCGCUACCUGAUCUCCAAGUCGUCGGAGGCCGGCUCGCCACUCGUCUCUCUGAUCAGCCAGUACUGCAACCUCGUCUCCUUCGUGCUCUUUUACCUCAGCGCUGCCAUCAACCCCAUCCUCUACAACAUCAUGUCCAAGAAGUACAGGGAUGCCGCCUGCAAACUCUUCAGGGGGAAACAUGGACCACGCAGGACGGCGUCCACCAUUAAGGGAGAGAGCUCCCCCUGCUGGACAGAGUCCGGCGUGAGCAUGUGACUCUGGGGCUCUGCCACACUGACAUCUGCAACGUUUUUUUUCCCUUGCAAAAGCUUUACAAUUCACCCAACCAACCAAAUACGUUAGCAACGAUCGACGGGAAUAAUUACAGCGGGAUAAAAUGGGAGAUUUACACCACUGCUCUGUUGUCCGGCAAGGGCUGCCCUGUUUGCCUGUGAGGGAAGCUUUGGGGCAGGAUACUGACUUAGAGGAACUGAGAAGGAGAAUGUAGGUUAGCAAAGAAACACAAUACGCUGAUAAAGGAUAAGAAGACACAAUGAGGAACCUGGAAUCCAUUUUGAAAAGGUACGUCUCACACAGGUUGACUCAUUUCAAGGCCUCAUGCAUUAAAAGAUACUUGACCGCCAUGAUGGGGGAACUGGUCGUCCUGGGUCUUUCCCUUGCCACCCUAAUUUACCUUAUCUUGGUGAAGAUAGUCCUAAUGGGGAGGGCGCACCUCCCCCAGCACUUUAAAACCCCCACUGCGUAGGUCUCCACCUGUGGCCAUGUUGUAAGAUCCAGGUGUGAGGUUUACGUUAAAAAGCCAGGAGUAGGUAGAUGAGAUGCUAACAGAGUGCUGUGAAAAAUGCAGAAUCAUAGGACGUGAGAUCUGGCCAAGGGUCAUACUUAAGGGACUCUGAAAUCAAGGGACUCUAAAAUCAAGGGAAUCUGAAAUUAAGGGACUCCGAAAUCAAGGAAAUCUGAAAUCAAAGGUAACCGUGCAGACUGCGACUAAAGAUGAGUAUUUUGCAGUUUGGUUACCAGGGUAUAAGGAAGCCAGAAGGUGUUACGGCACAGACGAAAAAACAAUCAGGUGACUUGAGUAGCCCAAGUCAGUACGUGGGUGAGGGUGACGGCAAGUCCGUGUCGGCGAGGCUGAAGUUUACAGGGAUAUGAAACCAUGCUUGAUGCAGCAUGCCAUUGUCAACAAAACACACAAACCCUGAGCUUCAUGUGUAAAACACCACGUUUAUAAACGUGCGCUUGACUCUGUGAUUGUGAACAUAUUUUAUGUGUUUAGGAGUUUACCUCAUGUGCUUACCUCAAGACAUACUCUGUUGGUUCUAACAGAGUUAGAAUUGGAGUUACUUUUGUAUCAAAAGUAUUUCAUUUGAAAAUUUUGUGCAUGUAAUUCGCAAGUGUAAAUCCACUUCCAAAACUCCAUUUGAAAACAUGGUUCAGUAAAAUGUGUUUAACAGCUGAUCUUGUUUAUAAUCUCAGAGUUAUGCAAAGCGCUGUACGUGAUGUGGGAGCAUGUCUAUGACACAUGCAGGAAGUCUUAUAUCAUCUACACAUUACGAAACACAAUAAUAGCUCUUUCCAUCUAUUUUUGCUACAAUAAAGCUCUAUAUUUUGUUUGACUGAAAGCCUAGCCUUCAUUUUUCUUAAGUUAAAGGUCUGUCAACAAGCAGUCCUUUGACCAUAUUUGAAAAGCGAUCUACCAUGGUAAAGAGAAUUAUUUGUUAGAUACACAAAAAAAUUCAAUCAUAUGUAUUACCUGAAGUCCAGGGAAUAUAAUUUUGUGCAAAUAUCUGAUCAUAUUCCGCAUAUAUUAGCAUAUAAAGCUACAAACAGUAAUCAUUUUUAUGUGGAAACUGAAAUAUUUCAGUAUAUAUUUGAUAUCCCAGCAAUCUCAUGCUGUCAAACAUACUUAAUUAGCAGCUUCCAGCCUGUUAUUUUGUAAUUAUUUUGUAAUUAAUUUGUGAAGUCAUAUUUUUGGACAUAUAUGUAAAACCCGUGAUGCAAAUCAGCUUUAUUGCUAGAAUUUUCACAUUUUCUCUAGCAUUAAUUAUUGAAAUAGCCGACAUGACAGAGGAAAAAUACUCAAUCUCAUGCUCAAAAUGAAAGCCUUUCAUGUCCAUAUUUAUUGCAUUGACCUUCGAGGGUGUCGUGGGUCUUAUUGCUUCGAUUGGGUAUCCACAUGUUUUGAGAGCAUACAAAAUUAAUUUGGAGUCAAAAUAAUCACGAUUAUGAUAGACAUAAAAAUCUGACUGAGAAACGUGAACUCCGUUAUUAGUCACAAAAAUGAAAAGAUUUUUACCAAAAUAUACCUGAAAACUCACAAUAAAAAGUUAUUUGCAGAGGUUUUGUAUAAAUUACAGUUAUAGUGUACUUAUGGGGGAAAGGGUUUUGUGCUAUGGAUACGAUGGACGUUACUUAAGAACUUAAACACCAGGGGCCUGCUUCACAAAGCAGGAUUUCUUGCUUAGCUGGAUAU